CAUGAUGAGAAUCCCAAUCGAUCUAUCCGGAUUACGGGAAGCCAAUAACAAGUCACUGUCUUCUAGGGCUUUCGUUCCUUCUCGUUGAUAGCUGCAGCUUUUCGUUUUCUCAUUAUUCUCGAUUGUUAUUGCUAGGGUUUGUCUCGAAGACUCACAUUCGCGUGCAUUCAUCGCCUUUUGCGUUCUUUUCCCGUGUUUUGAUUUUGCGAGGAAGAGUGAAUGGUCUAAUGGAAUCUAAGGGUGGCAAGAAGAAGUCUAGUAGUAAAUCUCAAUUCUACGAGGCUCCCCUUGGUUACAUCACUGAAGACAUUCGACCUAACGGUGGAAUCAAGAAAUUCAGAUCUGCUGCAUACUCCAACUUCUCUUGCAAACCAUCCUGAUAUUCCCUAAGUCGGCUGUGUGGCUGCGUCAUUUGACGCAGUGAUAGUUAGUUAUUGCUGCUUUAGGUUUUAAUUGCCCUUGCCUCCUUUUCUUCUUCAACUGCUUUACAACUUCCCUCUCUGCGGCUGUGAUCAUUCGGCUGAGUAGACAUGACCAUGUCUGCAAUUGGAUUUGAGGGUUAUGAAAAGAGGCUUGAGAUUUCCUUUUUUGAGCCUAGCAUAUUUGCUGAUCCUGAUGGAAGGGGCCUUCGCUCACUUACCAAAGCUCAGUUGGAUGAGAUUGUUGAACCUGCUGAGUGUACUAUUGUUGCAUCACUAUCAAAUGACCAGGUUGACUCCUAUGUCCUUUCUGAAUCAAGCCUCUUCAUAUACCCUUACAAGAUCAUUAUCAAAACAUGUGGGACAACAAAGUUGCUUCUGGCAAUCCCUCCAAUCCUGAAGUUGGCUGAUGCACUUUCCCUCACUGUACGGUCUGUGAGGUAUACCCGUGGGAGCUUCAUUUUCCCUGCUGCUCAGUCAUAUCCUCAUCGCAACUUCUCGGAAGAAGUAGUUAUGCUCGAUAGUUAUUUUGGGAAGCUUGGUUCUGGUGGCCAUGCUUACGUAAUGGGAAGCUCUAAUGAACUGCGGAAAUGGCACAUCUACUCAGCUUCUGCGGACACCGUGCACAGCCGCGAUGCUGUUUACACAAUGGAGAUGUGUAUGACUGGUUUGGACAGGGAAUUGUCUGCGGUGUUUUACAAAAGCCAAUCCGGGUCUGCAGCUGUAAUGACCCAUAAUUCUGGAAUAAGAAAGAUCCUUCCAGAUUCUCGGAUAUGUGAUUUUGAUUUUGAACCCUGUGGUUAUUCCAUGAACUCCAUUGAAGACGUAGCAAUUUCAACCAUUCAUGUUACACCAGAGGAUGGUUUCAGUUAUGCAAGCUUUGAAACAGUCGGAUAUGAUCUGAAAGAUGUGAAGCUGGACUGGCUGGUCCAGAGGGUUCUGGCAUGCUUUGGUCCAACUGAAUUCUCCAUUGCUGUGCAUGCUGAUGCCUAUAUUCCAGUCAGUUCACUGGAGCAGACAAGCUUGCUGUCUCUGGAAGGUUACAGUCUUGGAGAGAGAAGUUGUGAGGAGCUUGGAAUGGGUGGAUCCAUCAUCUACCAGAAAUUUGUCAAGACCACUGGCAGUGGAUCACCUAGAUCUAUUCUGGAAAGCUGGGGGGAAAUGUGGAAGAUGGGUGAACUAGAAAAGGAGCACGGCAAGGGCUGAAUGUCUCUGUAUAAUAAGUUGGACAUUGUAUCCAGCACUGUUUUAUGUUGGUUCCCUGUUAGGAGUUGGUGAUUUUUGAACGUAUUAUAAUGUUCCAAUUAUCAUGUUUGUUCAGUAUCUGGUGAUUUAGUUUGAUGAUAAUAAAAAUUGAUUUGAGUAAA